AUGUUGCGAAUGCUACUUGUGCGCCAGAAAGGCACGGACUAUUCACCCAACGUCAGCUGUGGCAUGUUCACGGGCCGCGUUCUCCAGUUGCACAAAUCCGCCUUCGGCGGCGAGCGAGGGAGCUGGCGAAGCUUGGCCGGCGUGCCGAGGCACGCCCCCAGCUUCUCCAAGCCGCUGCUGCUGGCUGCCAGUUGUUUGGCAGCGGCUGCCGCCUUGUCCUGGGCUCCUGCCCUCACCUACGACUUCCAGGGUGGCUUCUUCAUGGACGAUGCCAUGAUUCAGAAAAACCCCAACGUCUAUGAAGAGCUGAAUUGGCGCCGUCUCUUUCGGACCGAUUACUGGGGCCUGGACAUGUUUGAGGGACCUUGGACGCAUAAGUCCUUCCGACCCCUGACCGUGCUGACCUUCCGCUGGAAUCAUGCGAUUCACGAUUUCAGCGGCUCGGGCUUCCACAUCGUAAAUGUUCUGCUGAACGCGGCAUGUGCUGUGCUCCUGGCCGUGUUUGGGCAGCAUGCUGGUCUCAGCCUAGACUGGGCGGUGCUGCUGGGAGCGCUGUUCUUGGCACAUCCGAUCCACACGGAGAGCGUGCUCUACAUCGUGGGCAGGGCUGACCUCCUUUGCUUGCUGCUGGUGCUGUUGGCAGCCCUCAUCUACGCGCCCUGCAUCAAAGAGCAGCGGGGUUUUGCUGCCCUGGCUCCGGUGCUGGCCGUUUCUGCCUCGGCGCUGCUCGUUGCAGCAGGGCUCUGCAAGGAGACAGGCUUCUGCUUCUUUGGGCUGCUGGCCGGAUGGGAGAUUCUCAGAGGUUUGACGAGCACGAGCCAAUCGCAAGUCUUCCGCGCACUCCGCUUGGUUGCCAUCCUGUUGAUGGGCAUUGCUGCUUGCGGUGUCAGAGUCUGGUACACUGGUGGGACAGCGAUCGACAACAUGGAUCCUCACAGUAAUCCUGUCGCUGUUCACACUGAUCGGUGGGUCCGCUUGCGUAGCUACGCCUUGGUGCAUGGCAUCUAUGCCAAACUUUUGGUGUUUCCUACCUUCCUCAGCUAUGACUACUCCUUUGAUGCCAUUCCUCUGGUCUUUGACGCCACGGACCUGCGCUUACUGCUGCCACUGACGGCCUACCUCGGCUUUGGAAUCCUUCUGGUCCUCUCACUUGCGGUGCUACGGCCAAAGGCAUGCCGGUCACCAGCAGAGGGCCCGAUCAUUGGGCUGGCGAUUCUCAUCCUGAGCUUUGUUCCCAUGUCCAACAUUCUCUUUCCAGUUGGCACAAUGAUUGGCGAGCGGCUCCUCUACAUCCCUUCAGCAGGGCUGCUGACAACGCUGGUGUGCCUGGCCCACCGAUCUGCUUGUCCUCGGCUCCUCUCAUCUCUGCUGCUUUUGGCUGGAGGCCUGGCUGUUUGGCGUAGUGCCCUUAGAGUUCCAGAGUGGAAGGACUCAGACAGCAUCACCACUGCAGAUGGAAUGACCCAGCUGCGCUCAGCAAGAGUGCAGUUCAACCUUGCCAACGUGUAUCUGAAGGCCAAGCAAUACGAUGAGGCGCUGGCCACGUAUCAGCGUGCCAUCGACAUUGAUCCCACGGAUCAUGAUGCCCUGCCUCUCUACCAUGCCGGGCAAAUCCUCUUCUUCAAGGGGCGGCAUCAGGAAGCUGCCAGAUAUUUAGAGAAGGCCGUCAACGGCUAUUUCAGCCCCUUGACUAUUCAGGAAGAAGAGAUCUGGCAUGACUACGCGCUCUCCCUGUUCUUUAUGCAGAAGCCGCAAGCUUCAGUUGCUCAUUUUCAGAAGGCCUUGGCGAUAAACCCAGGCUUCACCAAGGCCUUGAACAACAUGGCCUGUGCUGCUGGGCUGGGUGCCGUCACAGGCGCUCUGUCGAAGGAGUACUACCAACAUGCCAUCAACGCAUUGGACCAGGCGGUGCGGAUAGAUCCCGGCAAUGUCCUAUAUUGGCGCAAUGCCGUCGCCUUGAUGAUGGCAGGAGGUGACCAGCAGCGAGCCACUGUCACCUGGAACCAGCUUGUCGCAAUGAACCCACAGGGCGCGGGCCAGCCGCCCAGCGACUGCAGUUGGGAGUUCUACUUCAGAUGA